UAAAGACAAACGAAGAAGACGGACCAGAAAUGGUUGGCGUUUGUUAUGUUUAAGGACAUCAAGUAAUUUGGAGCUUUUAUAAAUACAACAUAUUAUGAUAUUAAUUUAAACCAACUUGGGUUUCCUCUACAAGUCUAUACACAUGUUUUUAGAGCAAUAUGUUUACUCUAAGAGUCUACAGAAUUCAUAUUCGGUUACAUCUAAGAGUGCACAUAAUAUCUGGGUAUUUACUAGGAAGUAUCCCAAACACAUUACUGUACAAUUUGACCAUGAAUGCAUCACAGACCGAGCGUUGUCAACAGAAACGUAACAACUCCCGACUUAACAGUUGUUAGCACUAACGGACCAAAUGUAAGCUUGGAUAUAACCAUUUUCAUUAUAAAUAAAAUAGUGACAAUGUUUGGCCUUGCAUGGCAGUACUUGUACACCUCCUUCCUGAGGUACUGGUUGAAGUGGUUCAUCAGACUGGUGACAGGGAAAACUGAGCUGCAGAGAAUAUGUGCCGGGAAUAAGCCAGGGGCUCGGAGGACGACAAAAGCAGAAUACUCCCUCCGCUCUUCUAAGAACAAGGUUUUAAGAGCAGCGGUGGAAAGCAGCACGGAAAAUCUCCAAGAAUGUGUGCAGCAAAUUAUGAAGGAGAAAAACAUCCAACCGCAGAAAGACCCUCAGUUUAAGGUCAGUCUGCACACCUGUCUGUUACAAAUCACUGGAUACAGAAGUUUGUACACAAAUGUGGAAGACCUGAGGAAACAGAUUUUCAGCUCUGAGAAGACGGAACACGAGGACAUGCUUUUGAAACUCUGGGGCCUGUUGAUGCCAAACAUCAAACUGGAGUCAAGAAUUACCAAACAGUGGGGAGACAUUGGUUUCCAAGGCGAUGACCCCAAGACUGACUUCAGAGGAAUGGGCCUGCUGGGACUGGUCAACCUGUUGUUUUUCAGUGAAAACUACACAGAAGAGGCUCGACAGGUGUUGUCUCAUGCGAACCAUCCUAAACUGGGGUAUUCAUAUGCCAUAGUUGGGAUCAACCUGACAGAGAUGGCCUACAGUCUCUUGAAGAGUGGAGCUUUGAAACCACAUUUCUACAACACAGUGCCGGGUCCACCGGAGCUGCAGCACUUUCACCAGUUGUACUGUUUCCUGGCCUACGAGUUUGACAAGUUCUGGCUGUUGGAGGAACCAGAGAGCAUCAUGCACUUCAAUCAGUACCGGGAAAAGUUCCACACCAUCAUCAGGACACACCUGCAGGAACCCGACGUCUCCCUCACACUGACCGUCCGCCCUUAGAGAUGAAGUGAACGGACUGAACGGACGUUGUCCGCUGCAGCUGAAGACGUGAUCGUGUGAAGGUCGUCCACGCUGUAGUGACAACAGCUGCUGUUAACUGCUAAGCUUCAUAGAGAGAUGAGACAUUCAAGAGCUGCUGAAGCAGACUGUAGUGAUGAUAAGACACAAUAUUAUUAUUAUGUUUGUUAUAGGCUGGUGUUUAACAGGCACUGAUGCACUUUGACUGAAGAAGCAGCCGAAGUCUUAGUGUUAACAAUUAACCACCGAGGUUUUUUUGGUUCCAACCAUCCUCCUGUUUGUGUUUGUUGUCAGAGUUUGUCCUGUUCAGGAAUUUGAUAUUUAUGUCCAGAGAUUUUUUUUUAUAAUUCUUUAAUCUUUUGACCAUUAAUAGUCAACAGUAAUUUACCAAGUGGUCCUAAACUCGUGUGGCCUAAUAGUGAAGUGGCGUUUUUGUAACUUGUUUGUAAAUGAGUUUUUUUUUCUUUGAGGAUCAUGUGAAAUAAAUCAUUGAUGUUGAAAAGAGUGAA